AUGCCUUUCGGCCUGAAGCUCCGCCGGACGCGGCGCUACAACGUCUUGAGCAAGAACUGCUUCGUCACCCGGAUCCGCCUGCUGGACAGCAAUGUCAUCGAGUGCACGCUGUCGGUGGAGAGCACGGGGCAGGAGUGCCUGGAGGCUGUGGCCCAGAGGCUGGAGCUGCGGGAGACACACUACUUUGGCCUCUGGUUUCUCAGCAAGAGCCAGCAAGCACGAUGGGUGGAGCUGGAGAAACCGCUGAAGAAACAUCUGGACAAGUUCGCUAACGAGCCUCUGCUUUUCUUCGGAGUCAUGUUCUACGUGCCAAAUGUGUCAUGGCUUCAGCAGGAGGCCACGAGGUAUCAGUAUUACCUGCAAGUCAAAAAGGACGUGCUGGAGGGGCGGCUGCGGUGCACGCUGGAGCAGGUGAUUCGGCUGGCCGGCUUAGCCGUGCAAGCUGAUUUUGGAGACUAUAACCAGUUUGAUUCUCAAGAUUUCCUCAGAGAAUAUGUGCUAUUUCCUAUGGAUUUGGCCCUGGAGGAGGCUGUUCUGGAGGAGCUGACACAGAAGGUGGCCCAGGAGCACAAAGGCCGCAGUGGGAUCCUGCCCGCCGAAGCUGAACUUCUGUACAUCAACGAAGUGGAGCGCUUGGAUGGAUUCGGGCAGGAAAUCUUCCCCGUGAAGGACAAUCAUGGGAACAGUGUGCACCUGGGCAUUUUCUUCAUGGGGAUUUUCGUGAGAAACAGAAUCGGAAGACAAGCAGUGAUACACAGGUGGAACGACAUGGGGAACAUCACGCACAACAAGUCGGCCAUCCUGGUGGAGCUCGUCAACAAGGAGGAGACGGUGCUGUUCCACACGGACGAUAUUGAAAACGCCAAGUACAUCUCCCGGCUGUUUGCCACACGGCACAAGUUUUACAAGCAAAACAAGAUCUGCACCGAACAAUCAAAUUCCCCACCCCCCAUCAGACGCCAGCCCACCUGGAGCCGAUCCUCUCUGCCCCGGCAGCAGCCGUACAUCUUGCCUCCUAUGCACGUUCAGUGUGGAGAGCACUACUCGGAAACACACACUUCGCAAGACAGCAUCUUCCACGGGAACGAAGACGCCUUUUACUGCAACUCGCACAACAGCCUGGACCUGAACUACCUAAACGGCACCAUCACCAACGGCAGCGUGUGCAGCGUCCACAGCAUCAACUCCCUGAACUGCUCGCAGAGCUUCCUGCAGGCGUCGCCCGUCUCCUCCAACCUCAGCAUCCCCGGGAGCGACAUCAUGCGGGCCGACUACAUCCCGAGCCACCGGCACAGCGCCAUCAUCGUGCCGUCCUACCGGCCCACCCCGGACUAUGACACCGUCAUGCGCCAGAUGAAGCGGGGGGUGGUGCCCGCCGACAGCCAGAGCCAGUCGCUGAGGAACCUCAACAUCCUCAACACCCACGCCUACAACCAGCCCGAGGACCUGGUGUACAGCCAGCCCGAGAUGCGGGAGAGGCACCCCUACACCGUCCCGUACGGGCCGCAGGGGGGCUACGGCGGCGGCAAGCCGGUGGGCCCGUCCGACCUGACUCCGGCGGCGGCGGGCCCCAAGAACAGCGCGGGGCCCUGCAGCAAGCCGGGGGCCAGCGCCAUCUCCCACACGGUGAGCACCCCGGAGCUGGCCAACAUGCAGCUGCAGGGCGCGCACGGCUACCACCCGGCCCACGUGCUCCAGAACCACCUCUUCCGCCCGCCGCCCCCCUACCCGCGGCCCCGGCCCGCCACCAGCACCCCGGACCUGGCCAGCCACCGCCACCGGUACGUCAGCGGCAGCAGCCCCGACCUGGUGACCCGCAAGGUGCAGCUGUCGGUGAAGACCUUCCAGGAGGAUAGCAGCCCCGUGGUGCACCAGUCCCUGCAGGAGGUGAGCGCGCCGCUCACGGCCCAUGCCAAGCACCACGGCGCCACGGUGAACAAGCGCCACAGCCUGGAGGUGAUGAGCAGCAUGGUGCGGGGCAUGGAGGCCAUGACCCUCAAGUCCCUCAACAUCCCCAUGGCCCGCCGCAACACGCUCCGGGAGCAGGGGCCCCCCAAGGAGGCGCCGGGGGGCCACGAGGUGCCCCAGCUGCCCCAGUACCACCACAAGAAGACCUUCUCGGACGCCACGAUGCUGAUCCACAGCAGCGAGAGCGAGGAGGAGGAGGAGGAGGAGGAGGAGCAGCGGCGGCCGGCAGAGCCCGCGCCCGCCCGGAUCCCGGGGCUCCACGGGGGGACCGUGGAGUACAGCGCCCAGCUGCAGGCGGCUCUGGCGCGGAUCCCCAAGAAGCCCCCGCCCGAGUACCCCGGGCCCAGGAAGAGCGUCAGCAACGGGGCGCUGCGGCAGGACCAGGCCGGCGUGCCCCCCGCCGUGGCCAGGGCCCGGGGGCUGCGGCACGGGCCGGCCAAGGCCGUGAGCGUCUCCCGCGCCGACCAGCUGGCCGUCAACGGGGCGGCCCUGGGCCCGUCCCUCUCGGAGCCCGACCUGACCAGCGUGAAGGAGCGGGUCAAGAAGGAGCCCGUGAAGGAGCGGCCGGUGUCCGAGAUGUUCUCCCUGGAGGACAGCAUCAUAGAGAGGGAGAUGAUGAUCCGGAAUCUAGAGAAGCAGAAGAUGGCAGGCCUGGAGGCGCAGACGCGGCCUCUGAUGUUGGCGGCGCUGAACGGCCUCUCGGUGGCGCGGGUGCCGGGGCGGGAAGACAGCCGAGUCGAUGGCACCCGGAUCCUCAUGGACGAGAGGUUCAGGACCCUGAAGAAGAAGCUGGAGGAGGGAAUGGUGUUCACAGAAUACGAGCAAAUCCCAAAGAAGAAGGCGAACGGCAUUUUCAGCACGGCGGCCCUGCCGGAAAACGCCGAGCGCAGCCGGAUCCGCGAGGUGGUCCCCUACGAGGAGAACCGCGUGGAGCUGAUCCCGACCAAAGAGAAUAACACGGGUUACAUCAACGCCUCCCACAUCAAGGUGGUGGUUGGCGGGGCCGAAUGGCACUACAUCGCCACGCAGGGGCCCCUGCCGCACACAUGCCAUGACUUCUGGCAGAUGGUGUGGGAGCAGGGAGCCAACGUGAUCGCCAUGGUCACCGCGGAGGAGGAGGGCGGACGCACCAAGAGCCACCGCUACUGGCCCAAGCUGGGCUCCAAGCACAGCUCAGCCACCUAUGGCAAGUUCAAGGUCACCACGAAGUUCCGCACCGAUUCCGGUUGCUAUGCAACCACCGGCUUGAAGGUCAAGCACCUUUUGUCCGGGCAGGAAAGGACGGUGUGGCAUUUGCAGUACACGGACUGGCCAGAUCAUGGCUGCCCCGAGGAUGUCCAAGGAUUUCUGUCCUACCUGGAGGAGAUCCAGUCGGUGCGCCGGCACACCAACAGCAUGCUGGAGGGCACCCAGAGCCGGCACCCGCCCAUCGUGGUCCACUGCACCGCAGGCGUGGGCCGCACCGGCGUGGUCAUCCUCUCCGAGCUCAUGAUCUACUGCCUGGAGCACAAUGAGAAAGUGGAAGUGCCCAUGAUGCUGAGGCUCCUCCGGGAGCAGAGGAUGUUCAUGAUCCAGACCAUUGCUCAGUACAAGUUUGUCUACCAGGUCCUCCUCCAGUUCCUCCAAAGCUCCAGACUCAUUUAA